UCCACCAGUCAUUUCAGAAACAUAAAUUCAUAUGUUCCUUUAUUAAAAGGUUUUGUUAAAAGAUUUUGUUAAAAGAUUUUUACAAAAGAGAAAACCUUUUGGGUUUCUGAUAAAUCACUGCAAAAGUUACAACCUACAAUCUGAACACACCUGAUUUUAUUACAUAUAAACUGAGUUGUUGAUGGACUUUGACCCAGAAUCUCAUCUUCCUGUUACUUUGAUCCUUGUUUGAUCAUAAAUGAGUUUCUGCAGAUCAGGUCACUUCAUAAGGAAAAGAUGUUUCCUAUGAAUCUUCUCUCCAUUAUUGCUGGGACUGGCUUCCUGCUCCUCAUUUUCACCUGCAAAGGUGAGGCUCAGCAGACGGAUUUACCUCAGUCAGUUACUGUGAUGGUCGGUGAGGACGUGGUUCUGCCGUGUUUCCUGAAUCCUCCUAAAGAUGCGACUAAGAUGACAGUGGAGUGGGGCAGACCCGACCUGAAACCCAGAUUUGUGUUUGUGAAUCUCGAUGGUAAAGAAUAUUCAGCCGACCAAAAUGAAGCCUUCAGGGGAAGAUCGUCAAUGAUCCCCGAAAAUCUGAAACAUGGAGACGUUUCACUGAAACUCUCUGAUGUCAGAAUAUCUGACAGUGGAAGAUACAGAUGCUACUUUCCCAGAGAGAAGAAGGAAUAUUUCAUUGAGCUUGUUGUUGGCUCCGCCUCCUCACCUGGUGCCAGUUUAUCUGGACUGGAUGUCAGCAGCAGUGGAGUGAUGCUGGACUGCAGCGCUGCAGGCUGGUAUCCAGAACCUGAGAUGUUCUGGCUGGACGGAGACGGAAACAUCAUGUCUGCUGGAGCUGCAGAGAAAAGCACAGAUCCUGAUGGUGUUUACACUGUUAGCAGCAGAGUGACUGUAGAGAAGAGAAACAACAACAACUUUACCUGCAGAGUCCAGCAGAGAGACAUCAACCAGAGCAGAGAGACACACAUUCAUGUUCCAGAUGGUUUCUUCGUUCCUCAGCCUGACUGCAAUAGUUUGAACAUUUUUGCUGUGAUUCUGGGCCUCAUGAUUCUCAUUGGAGCUGCUGGUUUUAUCUGGAAAUGGAGGAAAACUGAAAUAUCAAAGAAGAAGCUAAAAGAAGAAAUGAAUGAGGAGAAAAAGCAGCUCAUGACAAAAGAAAAGGAGAAUUUGUCUGAGAAGGAAUCAAAACUUGAGGAAGAGAUAAAACAUAGAAAUGAGGAUCAGAGAAUCAUUGAUCAGCUGAUUGAAGGAUUAAUGGAGAUGUCAGAGGAACUGAAGGAUCAGAGAAAAAAACUCAGUGAUCAAAGAGAGAAGACAGAGAGAAUGAUUGAGGAGGAUGAGGAGAAGCUUAACUCAGUUAUUGAUGAAGAAAGAAACCAGACGGGGAGCGUGAUGGAGAAGAGAGCAACAGGAUACUUAAAACUGAAGGAAAUCAUGACAGAGAGUCUAGAUAAAAUGGAUAAGAGGAAACAAGAUCAUCAAGAUGUGGAAAUGAUGACAGAGAAACUAAUAGAGAAAACAUGUAAAGAGGUUAAAAUGCUGAAGGAGAGGAAACAGGAAAUAGAGAAAAAUGUAGAGAAAAUUAAAAAACAACUUGAAGAAACGGCCGGUUUGAUGCUGCAGGACGGAGCUGCAGAGCUGCAGGGCUCUGAGGAGUUUGUUGGUCUGGACUUAUUAAACUCCCUCAUUACUCUCCAGACAUUAGCAUCGUCUGUCGGCUCACACUGGACAAGAACAAAGGAGACGAUGCAUUCAGAAAGGAUGAUUCUCGUUCCUCAGAGUUUCUCUCUAAAACCUUCGAUCAAAGCCGUUGUGUUUGGUUUCCUGCUCCUGGGAUUCACCUGCAAAGGUCAGUCCCUGCAGACGGAGCGUCCUCGCCUCGUUGCAGCGAUGCUCGGUGAUGACGUGGUUUUACCGUGUCACCUGGGAGGUUCUGUGAACCCCGAUGAGUUGGUGCUGGAAUGGGGGAGACUGGACCUGAACCCCAGAUUUGUGUUCAUGUGGUUUGAAGGGAGUGAAAAUGUAAAUGAAAAAAACACGGCCUACAAGGGAAGAACGUCUCUGUUCACAGACAGACUGAAAGACGGAGACGUUUCUCUGAGACUGACGGGCUCCGCCUCCUCACCUGGUGCCAGUUUAUCUGGACUGGAUGUCAGCAGCAGUGGAGUGAUGCUGGACUGCAGCGCUGCAGGCUGGUAUCCAGAACCUGAGAUGUUCUGGCUGGACGGAGACGGAAACAUCAUGUCUGCUGGAGCUGCAGAGAAAAGCACAGAUCCUGAUGGUGUUUACACUGUUAGCAGCAGAGUGACUGUAGAGAAGAGAAACAACAACAACUUUACCUGCAGAGUCCAGCAGAGAGACAUCAACCAGAGCAGAGAGACACACAUUCAUGUUCCAGAUGGUUUCUUCGUUCCUCAGCCUGACUGCAGCGUUUCUAUCGGCUCUAUUGUGGUUCUGGUUUUCACUCUUAUUAUUGGAGCUGCUACUUUCACCUGGAAAUGGAGGCAAACUGAAAUAUCAAAGAUGAAGCUAAAAGAAGAAGUGAAUGAGGAGAAAAAGCAGCUCAUGACAAAAGAAAAGGAGAAUUUAUCUGAGAAGAAAUCAGAACUUGAGGAAGAGAUAAAACAUAGAAAUGAGGAUCAGAGAAUCAUUGAUCAGCUGAUUGAAGGAUUAAUGGAGAUGUCAGAGGAACUGAAGGAUCAGAGAAAACAACUCAGUGAUGAAAGAGAGAAGACAGAGAGAAUGAUUGAGGAGGAUGAGGAGAAGCUUAACUCAGUUAUUGAUGAAGAAAGAAACCAGACGGGGAGCGUGAUGGAGAAGAGAGCAACAGGAUACUUAAAACUGAAGGAAAUCAUGACAGAGAGUCUAGAUAAACUGGAUAAGAGGAAAAAAGAUCAUCAACAUGUGGAGCUGAUGACAGAGAAACUAAUAGAGAAAACAUGUAAAGAGGUUAAAAUGCUGAAGGAGAGGAAACAGGAAAUAGAGAAAAAUGUAGAGGAAAUUAAAAAAGAACUUGAAGAAAUGAAGACAUGA